ACUGCGCCAUUUCCUGUCCAAAGCUGGGCGAAUAAGGUCGGUGCCGCGGCGUACCCCGGAAUCCCCCCUGGGGGCUGGUCCUGCACUGGCCUUCAGAGCCGAGCAGAGGACGCUGCUUUGGGCCCCAGGGCAUGGGAAGGUCUUGGCUGCGGUCUGGGACCUGCAUGGAGGGCCCGGGACCUGCGGACGCCUGGGAGCGGUUGCUGGGCAACAGUGCGUGCGGCCUGGCCUCUUUGCGCCCGGCGGGCAGCGCGCGUCUGGGGCAGGCUCCGCGCGGGGCUCGGGCACAGGUCCCCGCUGCCGCAGCCCUACCGAGUGAAGCACUGAGCGCGGCGCCGCUUCGCCAUCACCCGGCUCUGGCCCUCUCACCCUAGCGUGGGGGGGCACUGGCCAGGCAGUGAGGACCCUGAGAUCCAUGCCCUGGUAGACAGAGGUUGUCUCCUGUCCAUGCACCCGCGCGCCUGCCUUCUAACCUUCAUACCGUUGGGCAGAUUAAUUCACUGGACUGGGCCUCUGUUCCAUGGGAGUUGAAAAGAUUUGACCUGGAAGAAACCCUAGCGAUUAUUCAGUUAAGCCGCAACCCCACCCCGUGUUUUAUAUAGGGAUUCCGGUUCACAAUGGAUGCUGAUCAAGAGAAAGAUUUGCAGAAAUUUCUUAAAAAUGUGGAUGAAAUCUCCAAUUUAAUUCAGGAGAUGAAUUCUGAUGACCCAGUUGUGCAACAGAAAGCUGUCCUGGAGACAGAAAAGAGACUACUGCUUAUGGAGGAAGACCAGGAGGAGGAUGAAUGCAGGACCACCUUGAACAAGACUAUGAUCAGUCCUCCACAAACUGCUAUGAAGAGUGCAGAAGAAAUAAACUCAGAGGCCUUCUUGGCAUCUGUGGAGAAAGAUGCAAAGGAACGAGCCAAGAGAAGAAGGGAAAACAAAGUCUUGGCGGAUGCCCUAAAAGAAAAAGGGAAUGAAGCAUUUGCUGAAGGCAAUUAUGAAACAGCUAUCCUGCGCUACAGUGAGGGUUUGGAGAAGCUGAAGGACAUGAAAGUUCUGUACACCAACCGAGCCCAGGCUUAUAUGAAACUUGAGGACUAUGAGAAGGCACUGGUGGAUUGUGAGUGGGCUCUCAAGUGUGAUGAAAAAUGCACAAAAGCAUAUUUUCACAUGGGAAAAGCCAACCUGGCCCUAAAGAACUACAGUGUGUCUAGAGAGUGUUAUAAGAAGAUCUUAGAAAUAAACCCCAAGCUGCAAACCCAGGUGAAAGAUUACCUGAAUCAAGUAGAUCUUCAGGAAAAAGCAGACCUUCAAGAAAAGGAAGCCCACGAACUGCUGGAUUCAGGAAAGAACACAGCCGUGACCACCAAGAACCUCCUGGAGACCCUUUCCAAGCCUGACCAGAUCCCCUUGUUCUAUGCCGGGGGGAUUGAGAUCCUGACUGAAAUGAUAAAUGAGUGCACAGAACAAACUUUAUUCAGAACGCACAAUGGAUUUAGUAUCAUCAGUGACAACGAGGUCAUAAGAAGGUGUUUUUCCACAGCAGGAAACGAUGCAGUCGAAGAGAUGGUCUGUGUGUCUGUUCUCAAGCUCUGGCAAGCAGUGUGCAGCGGGAACGAGGAAAACCAGCGUGUGCUAGUGAUGCACCAUGACAGAGCCAGGCUGUUGGCCGCCCUCUUGUCCUCCAAGGUCCUGGCCAUCCAGCAGCAGAGCUUUGCCCUGCUGCUGCAGCUCGCCCAGACUGAGAGCGGACGGAGCCUGAUCAUCAACCACCUUGACCUGACCAGAUUAUUGGAAGCCCUGGUGUCAUUUCUUGAUUUCUCGGAUAAGGAGGCCAACACUGCUAUGGGACUGUUCACAGACUUGGCUCUGGAAGAAAGAUUCCAAGUCUGGUUCCAGGCCAACCUUCCAGGUGUUCUCCCUGCACUCACAGGCGUUCUGAAGACAGAUCCCAAGGUAAGCAGCUCCUCGGCUCUGUGCCAGUGCAUUGCCAUCAUGGGAAACCUCAGUGCUGAGCCCACUGCCCGAAGACACAUGGCGGCCUGUGAGGAAUUUGGGGAUGGCUGCUUGAGCCUCCUGGCCAGGUGUGAGAAGGAUGUGGACCUGUUCAGAGAGGUUAUCUACACACUCCUGGGACUCAUGAUGAACCUGUGUCUUCAGGCUCCCUUUGUCUCUGAGGUUUGGGCUGUGGAGGUGAGCAGAAGGUGCCUGUCUUUACUAAACAGCCAGGAUGGAGGAAUCCUGACAAGAGCUGCUGGUGUUCUGAGCCGGACCCUUUCUUCCUCUCUGAAAAUCGUUGAGGAGGCCUUGCGAGCAGGAGUGGUAAAGAAAAUGAUGAAAUUCCUGAAGACAGGAGGUGAGACUGCAUCACGUUAUGCUAUAAAGAUACUAGCUAUCUGCACGAAUAGUUAUCACGAAGCUCGGGAAGAAGUAAUAAGACUGGAUAAAAAAUUGAGCAUUAUGAUGAAGCUGCUCAGCUCGGAGGAUGAGGUUCUGGUGGGCAACGCUGCCCUCUGCCUUGGUAACUGCAUGGAGGUGCCCAACGUUGCGUCUUCCCUGCUAAAGACGGACCUUUUGCAGGUCUUGUUAAAGCUCGCAGGCAGUGACACACAGAAGACGGCCGUGCAGGUGAACGCAGGCAUUGCUCUGGGGAAGCUGUGCACAGCUGAGCCCAGGUUUGCUGCUCAACUGAGAAAGCUUCAUGGCCUAGAAAUUCUCAACUCUACGAUGAAAUACAUCAGUGAUUCUUGAGAGAGACAGGAUUUGUGUGCAUUUGGGGAACACACGGAUGCACACUAUGUGUUGUUCCUAUGCUAAUAAAGACCUUUGAUGUAUCCA